GUGGUUUGGAAGGAUCCGCCAACACGGCACACUCGGGCCAAGACAUCCUCUUCUUGCUUUAAAUCUGCUUCCUUUGUACCAACCUCGCCAGCAUCAUGAACCCCGAAUAUGAUUAUCUCUUCAAGCUCCUGCUGAUCGGUGACUCUGGCGUCGGCAAAUCAUGCCUUCUUCUGCGCUUUGCGGAUGACACCUACUCGGAAACCUACAUCAGCACCAUCGGUGUCGAUUUCAAAAUCCGUACCAUCGAGCUCGAGGGCAAGACCAUCAAGCUCCAAAUCUGGGACACGGCCGGCCAGGAGCGCUUCCGCACCAUCACGUCCAGCUACUACCGUGGUGCCCACGGCAUCAUUGUCGUCUACGAUGUCACUGACAAGGAAUCUUUUGACAAUGUCAAGCAGUGGCUGACCGAGAUUGAGCGUUAUGCUUGUGAGAACGUCAACAAGCUGCUUGUUGGCAACAAGAGCGAUCUGCAGUCCAAGAAGCAGGUUGACUACACCACCGCCAAGGCCUUUGCGGAUGAGCGCGGUAUCCCCUUUCUCGAGACCUCGGCCAAGAGUGCUACCAACGUUGAGCAGGCCUUUAUGACCAUGGCCUCGGAGAUCAAGGCCCGUAUGGGCCCUGCCGGUGCAUCAAACGACACCAGCAAAGGCACUGUCAGCAUGAAGGCAGGCAAGCCCGUUAGCAGCGGUGGCGGAGGCUGCUGCUGAGCAGCUCCCUGCGACCCGGUUCGAGCUGCCGCCAGCUUGGCUGGGCCCUGUCCCAACAAAGCAAACAAGAUGAAGGGGCUCAUGAUGUAUGGUGGAUGAGAUCAUGGCAGCGCAGCAAAGCCCACACACAUGCAAUCACACGCGUUGCGUGCCUCGAUACGGAUCAGAGGCUCUGUUGAUUGCGGCAGCAAUUUGCAUUUGUGAAGGUACACACGUGUCUCCGGACUCUGAAUUUUUUCUUUUCUUUUCGGAGCUCCUUGCCGCUUUGUGCUUCUUUUCAUUUUCUUUCUCUCUCCCCACCCCCAUUUGUGUCUCUUCUUUUUAUUCUGCUUUGUUCAGUCGCCUCUUUCCUUUUUCUUUUCUCUUUGGUCCUUUUUCUUCGGUGCUGGCUGUUGUGUCUUUGGUCAGAACAGGUGGCGGUCGGUUGUUGCUCCAUACUGUCAUCUGCAUAGUACUUGUUGGUUAUUGCCCUGUUGUCCUCCACUUUGCCAUUGCUGCCCCCGUCGCGUAUGCUUUGUUGUUGUCCAAUUCGCGAGGGGAGACUUUGCCGCAACGCGUCCCUGGAAUUCAAAAGUUUUGGAC